AUGGGACGGAGCUGCUACUUCCUCCUGCUCCUCUUCCUCCUGUUCCCGUGGCCCAGAGCCACCCUGGCACUCCUGCAGUACCGCCACGACUGUGGAGAGUUGGGAAUGCAGCUCCUGGUCUUCCCGCCCCAUGGCCGCACCGUCCGCUUCAAGGUUCUGGAUGAGUUUGGCUCCCGCUUUGAUGUGGCCAACUGCUCCAUCUGCCUCCACUGGCUGAAUUCCAGGGAGGACGGUUCUGUCGUCUUCUCCUCCGGCUACAAGGGCUGCCACGUCCUGUUCAAGGAAAACCGCUACGUCCUGCGGGUGCAGCUGGAGGAGCUGCUGUCCAGCGGGAUCCCAGUCACUUCCUACGAGGUCAACAUGACCUGCCCCAAGCCAGGUGACUCUGAGAUGCUUCCGGAUGGAAAACGGGAGCAGGGCCAGGACAGCAGAGUUACGAUCUCCCACACUGGCCUGCACCAGAUCUCUGAGUCCUCCCUUACCCUUUCGGGAUCCCAGCUCACAUCCCGAGAUCGCUUGGAGCAGGUUCACACCGUGGGACAGUACCCGCCCAGCUCAGUGCUUCCUGGCAUCCAGCACCAUUCCAAUCCGGCUCACUCGGGGCUUCUGUCCCAGCCUGGUGGGGUUCAUCCUGUCACCCAAAUCCAGGGAAACUUCAUCCACCCGGGAGUGCAGCCCCCCCAGCCCGGGGGACAAAGCCAGCCAGGGAUUCUUCGCCCAGUGCUUGUAUCCCAAAACCAUCCCAGUGUGGUGCAUCCUGGGAGUCAGAGCCAGCCAGGGCACCUGCGCCCAAGCUUUGUAUCCCAAAACCAGCCUGGGAUGGUAUAUCCUGGGGCUCAAAACCAACCAGGGGUUCGCCCAGGUUCUGUAUCCCAAAACCAUCCUGGGGCUCAAAACCAACCAGGGACUCGUCCAGGGUUUGUAUCCCAAAUCCAUCCUGGGGGUCAAAACCAACCGGGGCAGCUUCGUCCAGGGUUUGUAUCCCAAAUCCAUCCUGGGGGUCAAAAUCAACCAGGGACUCGUCCAGGGUUUGUAUCCCAAAUCCAUCCUGGGGGUCAAAACCAACCAGGGACUCGUCCAGGGUUUGUAUCCCAAAUCCAUCCUGGGGGUCAAAACCAACCAGGGACUCGUCCAGGGUUUGUAUCCCAAAUCCAUCCUGGGGGUCAAAACCAACCAGGGACUCGUCCAGGGUUUGUAUCCCAAAUCCAUCCUGGGGGUCAAAACCAACCAGGGACUCGUCCAGGGUUUGUAUCCCACAACCAACCUGGCUUGACCUCCACUGGUGCCCAGACUCCAGCAGGAUUCCUGCGCCCGGGAGCUCAGCCUGCAAACCAGCCAGGAAUAUCUCGUCCCAGUUAUCACUCCAACUCCCAAACUGGGCCCCAAGGCCACAAUGGGCUGCUCCAUCCUGGUCAUCCCAGUCCAGCUUUUGUGCACCCAGGACUCUCAUCCUGGUCAGGUUUCAUCAGCCCUGGACUCCAGGCUCAGCCCCAGCCAGGCCUGGGACGCCCAGGGCUGCAGCCCCAGCCUGGAUUGCUGCAUCCUGGGAUUCACUCCCAGCCCAGCCUGCUGCAGCCCACAGCGCUCUUCUACCCUUCGGCAGGGGCAGGAAUGCAGCUGACACGGGAGCAGUGCCAGGUGCCAUUGGGCCGGAUGCCGUGCGUGGCUCCACAGGGACGGGAUGGAUGUCUGCAGGCAGGAUGCUGCUACGACGACAUGGACCGUACCACACCCUGCUAUUAUGGGAAUACUAUCACGGUGCAGUGCCUGCUGGAGGGACACUUUGUCCUGGUGGUCCCACGGGGAAUGGUGUCCUCACCCUACAACCUGGACAGUGUGCAGCUGGCCAGCAGCCAGGCAGGAUGUGAGCCCCUCCACGUGUCUGAGGCCUUCGUCAUGUUCCGCUUCCCCGUCACCCACUGCGGCACCACCGUCCAGGUGGUCGAGGACAGGUUGAUCUAUGAGAACCAGCUGAUCUCCACCAUCGAGGUCCAGGGAUCCCCCCGGGGCUCCAUCACUCGGGACAGUGUCUACAUUCUCAAGGCUCAGUGCAUCUACAACUCCAGCGACCUCCUUCCCUUGGGAGUGGAGGUGGCCGUGCCCCCCACAGCUGCCCCCCUGGCCAUGCUGGGCCCCCUGGGGCUCCAGCUGCGGAUUGCCACCGGUGAGUGCUCCCCAUCCCGCUCCCCAUCCCGCUCCCCAUCCCACUCAACCCCUCCCAACGUUCCCACAGACGAAUCCUACAGCUCCUACCACCCUGUGGGUGAUUUCCCCCUGGUGAGGGUGCUCCGGGACCCCAUUUACGUGGAAGUCCGGCUGCUCCAGAAGACAGAUCCCAAUUUGGUGCUGGUGCUGCACCACUGCUGGGCCUCCCCUGGCUCCCAUGCCACAUCCCAGCCCCAGUGGCCCAUCCUGGUGGAGGGGUGUCCCUUCCAAGGGGACAACUACAGGACACGGCUGAUUCCAAUGGGUCCAGCCUCUCCGGAGCUGCCCUUCCCGAGCCACUACCAGCGCUUUGUCAUCUCCACCUUUGCCUUUGUGGAGACCCCCGGAAUGGCAGUGCUGGAGGGGGAGGUGUACAUCUCCUGCAGUGCUUCCGUGUGCCACCUGGCCCAGCCUGAGCCCUGCCGGCCCUCCUGCCAGCUGGGAGUGCCCUCACGAGUGCGGAGGUCUCUGGGAGACAGGACGACAGGUGACAGGAUGGGGACAGUCACAUCCCAGGGAUGCAUUGUCUUUCCUGAGGUUCCCAAGAGAGAGGGAACUCAGCACAGAGGCUGA